UUUGCAUCUGCACCUCGUCGUAAUCAGAGAAGCAAAGUAAGCAGGCGGAGUAGCAAAGCAACAGCCUGGCAAUAAUAUUUUGUUAGAUGCAUCGCACUGCAUUCAUUCCACCCAAAACUUUUGAAGGUCUUUCUUUGUUUGGAACACGGAAUAUAUAACGUGGAACGAUUUACUACCAUACUGCAUUUUUCAGCCCUAUUUCCAACUAUAUUUCUUUGUCAAAGACAAGACACAUAGUCCAGUCCAGUCUCUUGAACAAGCUACAGAUUUUUGCGAAGCAACAAGUUAUACCUUUUAGUGAGUGGGAAGAAGUGGGAACAAGUUUACACAACUCGUUGGAGAAAAUUAUUAUUCAUAAUCGUCCAUCAUGGCUAAAAUUAUUGGGACUUACAAACUAGAAAAGAAUGAAAAUCUGGACGCAUUUUAUACUGCUGCGGGUGUUCCAUGGAUUGCUAGAAAAAUGAUGUUGGUGUCAUCCCCUACCAUUGAUGUCACACAAGAAAAGAAUGAGAAUGAAGAGGACGUCUGGCUCAUCAAAACGGUCUCCUUCAUCAGGACCAUCAACCUCUCCUUCAAGCUGGAUGAACCCUUCGAGGACGUCCUCCCAUCUGGGGACGUGUUCGAGACCGUGGCGAGAAUGGAGGGCGACAACAAAUUCAUCUUGGACAGCACCAGAGAGGACACGAGUUUCAUUCGGGAGUAUGAUUUUUCUGAAGACGGACUCGUGAUGACAAUGAAACACCCCACCGGAGUGGAAGCGAAGCGAUAUUUCAAACGCGUCACGGCCUAAACUCUUUCAAAUCGGAUAUGCAUUGCGUUUGAUCUGAAUCGGGGUCACCAUUAUUACCAUGGACUUGGUCAUCAACCUACUAUCGUUUCAUUACUAUUUACUGGAUAUCUCUCCAAUUCCAUACAUUAUAAUAUGUAAAGCAAGGAAGCGGUGUAAUGAAUCAAACAAUCAGACUGAUCUAUUUCUUUUGAUAAACAGAUUACAUUAAUAAAUAUUUGAUUAUAUGUAUUUA